AUGCUCUCCAAGCUCGCUCUCUUCUCCCUUCUUUCGGCUCUCACUGUUCAGGUAGCAGCCAUCUCCUGUGUACAAUUCGAUUCAUCAUGGAAUUUGUAUGCUUUUGGUGGAACUAGCGAUGUCAAACUUGGCGCUAAUACCACUUGGUCAUCUCCCAGCGCUUCUGAUCUCUCUACUUCUGGACGACCACCUUGGACAGGCACAAACACCCAAUGUAUCCUUUCUCAAACCAACAAUGCGAUGUACGUCGUCGGCGGAGAUAGCAGUGAUUUAAGUACAAUCUACGUCUACAACUUCGCUUCGGAUUCUUGGUCUACUCAAACUACCUCAGGAGCACCCACCGACUUGGGUAACUCUCGAUCAUCCUCUGUACUCGAUCACGACACAAAUGUAAUCUACACCCUCACCACUUCAUCGGGACUAUACCAACUCGAUUUGUCGAGUGUCACCAAUUCUGCUCAGUCAAGCGCUUUAGCCUGGGAAGCUGUUGAGAACUCCUCAUUCUCCACCUCCGGAUACUCUGUUACUGCCGCUCAAGCUGCCAACCACAUAUUCUACUUUGGUGUACCUGACACUGCUGCCGGAUCAGCCAACGUGUUCGUCGUGCAUUACGCAUAUUUCCAACCCACCGCUCAAAACUUCAGUGGAACAGCUUUCCCAGAUACUGCAGGUCAAGCUAUCUCAAUCCCUGUCGAAUCCGACAGCGUACCAUACUCCAUGGUCUUUGUACCUAACGACUUCUCGAACACAUAUAUCGCCACCCACUGGACAAAUUUAGGCGAUUACUCUGUAACCACCGAUGCACCUUUCGCCACCAACUUGAUCAACUCUACUCAAACUAUCGCUGCUCCCACUUCUCAAGAUAAGACAGCUGCUUAUGCUGCUUCUCCUUACGAUCUCGUUCAAAUUGACUCUCAAGGUGAUAUCUACUAUUACGCGACUCCCGUCAAUUCUGAUUACACCGUCUCUUCCAGUGGAUCAUGGCAGAAACUCAGUUAUUCCGUCUCUGGUGCUACUGGAUCUUCUUCAUCCACAAACUCAACUACCUCAGCAGCUCCAUCUGGAUCAGCCUCCGCCUCUGCCUCAGCAUCAGCUGCUUCUGGAAGUGCCAGUGCUAGCAAAGCCGCCAGUGGAACAUCUAGUGCUUCAGCCAAAGCAAGUGGUGCAUCCGCAUCCGCAUCUGCUUCCGCUUCUUCUGCCUCAUCUGCUGGUACAGCUGUAGUUGCGCGAGGAGACGUUUUAGGUUUGGCCAUUGGAGUCUUAGCUCUUGGCGCAGGUGUAUUAUUGUAA